UGUGUCAUCCCCAAGACAUACCUGCCAUGGGGUUAAUAAUUCUGCUGCUCUGCUUGUGCAACGACCUCAGGGAAGAACAUUUUCAGACUCAACCUGUGACAAGUGUUUCAGCUGUGAUGUCUAUGUGACUGUGGACCCUGCUGCAAAUGUAGAAGUGGUUCAGACAGACAUUACUGCAUUGCUGAGUCGGACCUUCUCUUACGACUUCCUCAACCUGACAGCUGACCCCAAUAGCAUCAGCAUACUUCCUGUGGAAUUUCCCUCUGGAAUUACAGAACCACCAACAACUGUUAGUACCGACGUAACUAUAUCAGAAACAGGUCAAACUCAAAGUAUGCCAGCUCGCCCCACUGCCAUGUCAUCGACAGGAGAGCCUUUAGAUGUCAAUGAGACUGCUGUUGGACCAGAUAAAUUCUUUAGAGUCAAUAUGACCUUAAGUAUUACUGGCAGCCCUACAAACCCAAAGGAUAUCAUUGAGAAAUGGGUAAAAGAGACACUGGAGGUGGAUGACACCAUACUUGUACUGAAUCUCAUCAUAAAGGAGAAUGUUGGCAGGAACAUGGAGCAAAACAAUGGACUGACAACUACCUAUGAUCAACAAAAACAGUAUUACUGUAUCUUUCAUGUUCAGGAAUACAACAUUAUCAGCCUUGAAGAAAUGAUAGCUUUCAUUGAUGCUGCACUGACAUCAAAAUAUGAAAAUGGCUCCAUUAUUAUUCAAGCUAUUGAUGUGGCGAUCAAGCACAUAGUGCCAGAAAACUGUUUAGAGGAAACUACUUCAACAAUCUAUGGACAAUAUAUUUGGCCUGAAGCUUUUCCACAGGUCAUCCAAGACAUGGGAUGCAAAAAACCAGUGUCAGAAAGAGCUUACAGGCUUUGUAAGUUAAACAUUGAAACUGACAUGACCAGCUGGGCUGAGCCUGAUAUGACAAACUGCAACCCACUUGUGACCAUGUCAGACCUUGACAAUAUCACAGUCACCAUUGGUAACACAGCUGAGGUUGUGAACAUAAUUCAGAACCUUGUGGAUGUUCAGUUAAAUAACAGUCCAGAGCUCUCUUCCUCUGAGCUGGAUUCGGUGGUAGAGAAGCUCAAUGAAGUGGUUGAUAUCAGUGUCAUCAAGCCUGCUGUUGGCGCUAAUAUUGUCACUAUCAUAUCUGAUAUCCUGCUUUCCAAAACCGACGUCACAUCGGUGGCUAGCAUUGUCCUUAAUCUGACAGACAGAAUGGGAAACAGUAUGGAUUUCCAAGGUAAAUCUGUGAGUUUAACAGCUCCCUCCCUGGCGCUUUCCAUAAUCGACGAGGCCGCAGAUGGAUUCAGCGGCCUCACCUUUGGUGUAUCCUUAGUUUCAUCUCUCCUGAAUCCAAAGACUUUUGUAAACCAGGGCUUUGUCAGUGGACCUCUCCCAGACACAGAUGCAACCAUCUCUCUGCCCUCCGCACUCCAAAGCUUUUUCACAAGAAAUACAACUCGUGUUCAGUUUCAGUUCUACGGAACAGCAGACCUUUUUCAGGAACCAUACACAUCCAGUACAACACAGAGCAACUGGACAUUGAACUCCUACAUAGUAUCUGCCAAUAUCAAUAACAGUCAUGUCAGCAACCUGAAGGAUCGAGUGGUGGUGACCCUCAGCCAUCAAACACCGAAACGGCCAGAAGACAAUGUACAAUGUAUGUUUUGGGAUUUCCAGAAGAACGGUGGGCAGGGUGGUUGGAACAGCAGAGGUUGUGAAACCCGCAGUAUUUCUUCUAAUCAGACCAGCUGUCUCUGUGAUCACCUCACACAUUUCGCUGUGCUCCUGGAUGUGUCCAGGACCCCCAUCAGUGAGGCUGACAGUCAGAUUCUGACUGUGAUUUCAUAUCUUGGUUGUGGUAUAUCCUCCUUCUUUCUGGGCAUCACUCUACUCACCUAUCUCGCCUUUGAGAAGCUGCGUCAGGACUACCCAUCUAAGAUCCUCAUCAACCUGUCAGCCGCCCUGCUGGGGCUGAACAUGCUCUUCCUUCUUGACUCCUGGCUCGCAUCCUUUUCCAACUACGGUCUGUGCAUCGCCACUGCUGCAACACUGCACUACUUCCUGUUGGCUUCUUUCACCUGGAUGGGCUUGGAGGCGGUACACAUGUACCUAGCCCUGGUCAAGGUCUUCAACAUCUAUGUUCCUUCCUACAUCCUCAAGUUCUGCGCUGUAGGAUGGGGUAUUCCAGUGGUCAUAGUCAGUCUGGUGCUGGCUAUAGAUAGAGAUGCCUAUGGCAACGCUGAGGCUGAAGACGCUGCAGUCAUACUUAAAUCCACUGACCCAUUCUGCUGGCUACAGAAUGACGUCUUCUACUACGUGACGGUGGUGGCAUUUGUUCUUCUGAUCCUGUUGUGCAACAUCUCUGUGUUCAUCGUGGUUCUGAUCCAGAUCAGACGGAUGAUGGCCAAUAAGCCCUCGGCGAGCAGCGGCGGCUCUCUUCAUGAUCUGAGGGCGCUGGCCAGUCUCACUGUCCUUUUAGGCCUGACGUGGUCAGUGGGCUUCUUUUCCUUUGGGCCAGGCAGAGUGAUCCUGAUGUACCUGUUCUCCAUCUUCAACACUUUGCAGGGGUUCUUUGUUUUUUUGUUCCACUGUUUGAUGAAGGAAAAUGUGAGGAAACAGUGGAGAGCCCACUUGUGCUGCGGACGUUUCAGACUCAGUGAUUACUCAGACUGGAGCCGGUCUGUCACCGUGGGCGGCCUCUGCAAAAAGAACAAUCUUGUUAACUCUGUCUCAGACGCUUCUGACAACACCUCCAGCAUCGGGAAGGUCUCAGGCUCCUCUACAAGUUCAGCACCAAACCAACACCACCAGGGGGCAUGAGCGGGCCUCUGGAUGUGCUAUUCUGUAUGGCGCUGCUUCUCAAGCUCCAUUGUUUGGUCACAAAAACUUGUUGCAGCAAGGUUGAAGGAUUAACUGCUUCACCUUUUUUGUGGGCUGUUUUUAUUGUGUAACUCAACGUCUAAUGCUUGGAAAAAUAUUUUUUUGUGUAUGUAAAAAUAAUAAAGUAGUUAGUGAAUGUAAUCUUGCAGUGGAAGUUAUUAGAGCUUUCCAUUUAAAUGGAAUAGAAAUCAA